CUUACAGAAACGAUACAGAACACUUCAAGACAUCGUUGAAUCUCGACCACAUUUAGUUUGUGGCUGUCGGUCGGACGAGAAGGAGCGAAAAUGUUCUUCAUACCUGCACUCAUCCUGCUACUUGGGCUUGUACUCUAUUGGAGCAAGCUCUCCCGCAAAACCAGUGCCCAGUUGUUUGGCAAAGAUAUUCCCGGUCCUCGGUCUUAUCCGCUCAUCGGUUCAGCCCAUCUGUUCUUGGGCUCGGACGAGCGAACCUUCAGUGUGAUAAACGAGCUGUUCCACAAAUACGGUAGCUUUUUCAAACUAUCGCUCGGCCCCAAGACGUUCUUGUGUCUGUCCGAUCCGGAUCUUAUUCAACAAGCGCUCACAUCGAGCGCCUGUCAGGAUAAAGCGUUUUUCUAUCGUUUUAUGGAGCUCGACUAUGGAUUGAUUUCGUCUCAAUAUACCGAUUGGAAGCUGUACCGAAAGUCGCUUAAUCCUGCCUUUAACCAACGCAUCCUUAUCAGUUUCAUAUCGAUCUUCAAUCGAUGCUCGGAAGUAAUGGUAGCACGCAUGGCGAAGGAGGCAGAUCGUAGACAACCGUUCGAUGUGCUUCAUUACACUGCCCAGUGCGCACUGGAGAUGGUAUUCGCAAGCUCCCUCAAGAGCGACAUUACGGACGAUGCGCAGCUGCACGAGGCUUGCGAAGCUAUCCAAAAUAUGUGCACCAUCAUGAGCAGCCGUAUGUUUAAUGUGUUGCUUUACAGUGACCUGCUAUUUACGUUCACGCAUAAGUACCAUGAGCUGCAGAAGUUGAAGGUCAAAGUGGAACGAGUGGUAAAUCCGAUUUUGUACGGAAGACGAGAGAGACUUUCCCAGCAACGAUUGGAAAACGCACACUCAAAGGACGAGGAGCAUUACCGGAAGCCGAUGGUUUUUCUUGACCAGUUGCUGCACAUGCAGCGAGGUGGUCAAGACUUGGACAUCCAGGAGAUUGAAAACCAUCUCAACAACAUCAUUGCAGCGGGCAGUGAUACGACAGCCAGCCAAGUCGCAUUCAUUCUGCUGAUGCUUGCAAUGCAUCCCGAAGUGCAGGAACGGGUCUUCGAAGAAAUCGUCUCCAUCUACGGUAGUUCCGCCUCGGACCUUUCGUACGAAACCAUUUCGGCACAAACGUAUCUCGAGCAGGUGAUCAAAGAAACGAUGCGAAUGUAUCCUGUGGGUCCAAUCAUCGGGCGGCAAACGAUCGAGACGGUGAAGCUGGGUGAUGUGAUCGUCCCACCCGGGGUAACGCUGCUCAUCAACAUUCUUACCGUGCAUCGCAACAAGGAGCUGUGGGGAGAGCGGGCGCAUGUGUUCGAUCCGGAUCGAUUCGAUCCUGCACUAUACGAUGCCAAGAAGCAACAUCCCUUCAGCUACAUUCCGUUCGGUGGAGGGCCUCGAAACUGCAUCGGCUACAGGUACGGGAUGUUUGCCAUGAAAAUUAUGGUAACGCAGGUACUUCGCAAAUACCAACUGUCCACACCGCUCACGCCAAGCGAUUCAUUAAGACCUUUCUUCGCGAUAACACUCAAGGUUGGUACGGGCCACAGCAUAUGCGUAAAGCGCAGAGCAAGUGUCGUACUUUAGCUUUUUACCAAGCAAAACUUACAACGCUUGUAUGUUUAUGUUAAUGUUUGUGUCUGUAUUUGUUAUGUUUGUGUUCCAUCAAAAUAGGGAUAAGAAAAA